AUGGCAUCUCUCGGAUCCGCUCAGGCUCUUCAGUAUGAAGAGAUCGUCUCUCCCGGCGUCGCGGGCUUGAAGAGUAUUCAAGAGCUCUCUCUCGCAAGUUAUCAACCUCUGAAUUCGGCAGACCUACCGCUCAAUCCCGCUGCGCACGGGCUGCCCGCGGAGCAAUCGUUCGCAUCUGGCCGAUCGUCCGAAAAGGGAACCAUCCAUUCUUUGCCGGUCGAAGUCCUCUCAAUGAUCUUCGCCGCUUCAAUCCAGCCGUUAGAGGAUCAAGAUCACAACGAGCUUAUUGACACGGACCUCCGUCUCGUCUGCCGCAAGUGGAGAGAUGUCAUCGACAGCACUCCGCAACUCUGGACAUACGUACUCCUGAGGCAACGUCGGUUCACCCCUAAGCAAUUGAGCUCCAUCAUUGCUCGAAGCAAGGCCUGCCCUCUUGAGCUUCGCGUACACAUCCAAUGCUUGGCUGCUUUCAACGAGCUACUGGCCGUUCUUCAACCCGAGAUGGCUCGUACGCGCUAUCUCUACCUCAGCUGCGAACCUUGCAACAUGCAUCUGGACCUGACAACUCGCAAGGACUGGCCGUCUCUGUACAACAAUGCUCUGGGCGUUAUGCGCGAACUGAUGAAGAUGCCCACGCCGAUGCUUGAGGUUCUCGACCUUCGGAUGAUGCAGGUCUCCGACGAUGUCUUCUCAGGCGUCCUUUCACCGAACUUGCGCUCUAUACACCUCCUCGACUGCAAUCCUGUCCCGCCCGGAUCUAGCUUCUUCAGCGCUCCCCUUACCAGUCUGGUCAUCGACUACUGUCGCUCCUGGGAGACCGUCGACGACAUGCUUGCCACCAUCUCGGCAAUGCCGCAUCUCCAGCGAUUCCAGUGGGAUACGGACAGCUAUGAUACGCACCCUCUGUUCGUCGAUCCGGGGGCAUAUCAAGCCAAGUCGUUGCAUCUCCACAAGCUCGAGCAUCUCGAGCUCUCGUCAAGUAUCGACAACGUCAUGAUGCUCGUCGGUAUCAUCGACUUCCCUCCAUCGGCGUCCCUCAUCGUCUCGGGCGAGCUCUUCGACCGGCCAGCGAUCAACACGGCGCCUUUCAACGACUUCCUGAACAGGGUCGGUCAUGAUCUGGAGCCGCAUGUCAGGCGGUCUUUCGUCGAGGAGACGACUGGCUUCACGAGCCUCACCAUUCACGCCUACCGAGGGACCAACGAGGACGGAUUCGGCGCCAUAUUCUCCCUCCCAAGCGGCGGGACCAGCGCUCUCCCCAAGAUGCUCGAGUUCGGUGUGUUCUGGGACGAGGAGAACCGGAACGAGUACCUGGCGAUCUUACAACGCAUGUUCACCUGGCCGGGCAUGCGCAACACUGUAACGCGCCUGGUCGUCGACCACGAGCUCUUCAUGGCGACCGAGUCGCGCUCGUGGUACACCAUCAUGCGCGCGCUGCCCAGCCUCACGGAGGUGAGCGCCAGCGGGCCCGCCGCCCUGCACUUCGUGCGUGCCUUGCGCGCCCUCGCAAGCUCGCUGUCGCCUGCUGAGAGGGGCGUCGCGGCGCGGAUGAAGGCCAUUGUCUUGAUCGAUGUCAAGAGCUCGGAGCUCAGCCAGGAGCUUCUCCACAUGCUUCACGAGCGCAAAGCGCUUUGUCUUCCUCCGCUCGACAUCGACCUGAAGGAUUGUACCGUCGACGAGAAGACGUUGUCUACGUUGAGAGCUCACGCGAAGGUCAAGAGCGUACAGUGGUCCGUGUCGCCCGAGCCUGCUUUCGUCGAGGAAGAAACAGAAGAACACUGGAGCGAAGAGGAUUAUGAGGAGCACGCUCUCACGUUUUUCAUGGGUUAG